CAUCAAAACAUGAUCGACCCUUUAUCAGUGUAUGGAAAUGCAUGUAAAUUCAUGGUUUGUGUGUACAUGUUACCAAAAUACAGGCUGUAGUUACACGUCUAGUGAAUUAGUUAUGGCCGCAGAAUCAAGUUGAUAUUAAUUUGCCGAGUAUCUAGUACCUUUUCCUAGUGACUAAUUGAAACUCCAUCAAAAUGGCUUUUGACAGCCCACCUACCCCUGUGAUGCUAGGAAUUCCCACCAUCUUCGGAAACAUCAAAGCAAAGCAUGUAACAUUUGUGAUAGACACCUCAGGAAGCAUGUACAAUAAACUAAGUGUAGUCAAGGACCAUCUAACUGAGACAAUUCUAAAGCAUGCCCAGUGCGGCGACGGGCGCACUUUCAAUUUGAUAGAGUAUAGUAAUGAUGUGACGCAGUGGGCAGAUAAAAUGGUCAAAUGUACCAAAGAGACUGUUAAAGUUGCCGCAGGGUGGAUUAGAAAUUUGGCAGCAAAAACAGGAUCAAAUAUGUUGGAUGCGUUACUGACGGCAUUCGAGGAUCCACAGUGUCAAGCCGUUUAUCUUGUCACUGACGGUUUGCCUGAUCAACAUCGCGAUGACAUUCUGGACAAUAUUGUACCGAUAUCUCGUGGUCGGCCUGUCCAUUGUAUAUUCAUACCCGGACGUGGAUCAGAUGCUCCGGCCGUCGAGGACCUGUUACGCAGUCUCGCUAUGGAGACGUACGGAUCUCUUGAAAUCAUGAACUUAGAAAACCAUGGCUUAAUGGAUCGCGUCACUCCUGUUUAUCAGCAUCAGUUCCCCCUGAAUGGAGUGCUGAGGAAUGUGAGCGGUGCGGCCUUCCCUGCUGUCAAAGGUUGCAGCGUAACAGGCACCUUGGCCAGGGAUCCUCUCAAUGACGUUGCCCUAGCUCACUGGCCUGUGGCCCCUACUGUUGUUAUCGACCCCGUCACUCGGUUACCCCUCUCCCGUACUGCACCAGUGGUGGUAGCACCUAACGCCUACCCUCAUUAUUAUUACUACCCGAGUUACUGGUGGUCAAGGUAUCGAACAGCGCGUGAUUGGGUGAAGCUGAAGGACAAGUUGAACACCCCUCCGGAUCCGACGAUCUCGCCCUCUGCUGGAGCCAUGCUUGUUGGACACGAAGUCCUCGCUAGGAGAGAUUCAGAUGGCCUGUACUACCCUGGAAAAGUACAAAGCCAGAUUACAUCUGAUCUGUUCAUUGUUUCCUUUGGUCCGUCCAAAAAUGGUGAUUACGAAAGUGUCGAGUACCAGGAGACCAAGAUCUAUGACAUCAUUCAUAAAGUUGACGCACUCAGGCAUUCGAUCUUCCGGCAGGAUAAGGUUUUGGCGCCGUGUCAGGAGGGUAGUGACCAGCACUACCCUGGGGUGGUAAUUGAAGGCCAGGAGUUUAGGGACAGUAAAGGAGGUGAAGACCAGCAACUCAUCGUCUCCUUCUGUCAUGGUCCCACAGAAAAAGUCACGCUCGGAGUCGCAGUCUGGAUUCCCCCAGGUGUCUACGAGCGGCUGACAGUCGAGUCACAAAUGCCAGAAGAUGCCAGGGAGACAUUAAAAGCCGAGGAAAAUUACCCAGCAGAAACGCUGCCUGGUUACCCGACCACGGCGCCCGAGAGGACGCCAAAGGAUUACGUCAAUUACCGUCCAGUUAUGAUUGACAGGGGAGAUUUUCUUGUCGAUCAUUUUUACGGCUAUCCAAGGUUCAUGCCCGGAUAUCCCAUUGCCCCGGUGAUGGCUAAAGUCAACCCUUGCAGCUCUGUUGCCGUCCAUAGCGAAGAUGUUGAGAAACUCAUCCCGGGAACUGAUAUCACCUCAAGGGAACUUUCGGAGAAGGUCCAAAGUCAGAUCUCUGAUCUAUACGGCGACAAGAUGCCUUUGUUGAAGAAACGAGAAAAGCAGGAGGCCAAUACGUUUAAGAAGGCAGAGGAGCCAGUGAAAGAACCGGAACCGGUUGCACCGGUGGAAGAAGUACCAGUUGCGGAGGAACCGGAGAAGACAGAUUCGGAAAAAGUCGACGAAAAUGCAGACAGCGGAGCAGUUUUUGAAUUCGAUGAUCUCAAUUUGGAGGAUUUGGAUCUGCCUGCCGAGCCGAUUGAUUACGAAACUGAUAAAGAUUAUACGAAAGAGAGGAAGCGGGUUCAGCGCCCGCCUUGGUCGUACUGGAGGAAUGAUCCGGCCCCGUCGAUGAUUGAUCCCCCAGGACCUGGCGCUUUCAGGGAGACGUUGUUACAGGCGCCCUUGGAAGUACGAGAAAAGAAGAUGGGACCAUAUGGAGUUGAGUGGGGCGGCACUGCGUUUACUCAUGCCGAGUACAAUUCACGGGUCGGGGAAGAUAAGGACGCCAUGUAUGAGAUUAUGCACGGGGGACUCCAACCAAGGCCGCCAUCUCCCACGAAGGACCGAAGACCAAUAGAACCUCAGCCGCCACGGGCUUAUUCGCCCGUCCUGGGAGCAUCGCAACAUGAUGUUGACAUGAAGGAUAGGGAUCGGCGAGAAUACAGACAUCGGAAGAUUAUCCAGAGAAUACAAGACCGAGAGCAGACGAUGGCUGAGAAAGCCCAGCAGUCCAUUCUGAUGCGUGAUCUCCACCGCGACCGAAUCAUUGACCAGAUUAAGUUCGAGAAGGCAAGACAAGCUAACGAAUGGGACCAGGUGGUCAGGACACGAGAUGCCAAGAAGCAGAUCAGCGAUGAAAUCCGAGGUCGUAUUGCGGAGAAGCAGGCGUUUCGGGAGGACCAGGAGCAGCGGCGGUUUGCGGCGGUCCAGGCAGCUGUACAGAGAAGGAAUGACCUGCGUGCACAGAGGGAAGCCGAGUUGAGGUCCGCCAUUGCCAAAUCAAAGGAGCAACGAGCUCAACAGCAGAGUCAACGCUGGAACACACUAGAAACUCGCUUCGAGACGCAGACGCGCCAAGAAGCAGAGAUGGACGCACAGAGACGACAUGCCAACCUUGCGCGGCGGAUGCACUUUCAUCGUAUGGAGGAGGACGCGCAGAAAAAGAAGAACUUGAGGGUCAGCUUUAAUGACCAACAAAUGGGCCUCUGGAGGUCGCAGGUGUUACCUUAAGGUUGAUGAAACAUCGUAUUUUGUAUAUCAAAUUGUAGAAAAGAAUACAGUUUAUACAGCGACAUUUUUGGCUGCUCUUUAUUUUUGCGAUUCACCAAAACUUUGAAAAAAAUAAUUUUUUCAAAUUUAAAUGAACAAACUUGGCCAAAUUUGCCUAAUUUGUUGGGAUUCACCAAAACUUUUUAAAUCAUUUUAAAUUUAAAUGAAUGAAUAAACCUGUCCUUUGAUGAGUGUUUAUUAUCAGACUGAAUUCUCCCUUCUUCUUAGUUGGUCUUAGCUUAUCAAUUUCCAUCUAUUGUCUCACCUCUGACGAAGAGGAAAGUUGAGUGACCCAUAAUGCAAAGUGAGUGAACCUCAUGAUUUGUAAAAGGAAUCAAAAUCAUGACACGGUCAAAUGUUGCAGGAUUCCAAUCAGAGCAGGCUAAAACGUUGAGAUCAUGUGCUUUCCCAGAAGGAAAAUGUCAUCAAAAAACCCUCAAAAUACCUUCAUCUGUAUAUUUUUAGGAAAGGACAAGGUCCUUCAGUUUUGUUUAUUGUAACUAUUAUGUUCUGGAUUAACCUGAAUACAAAGGUAACAAAUCCAAAUCAGUUUCCAAGUGGCCAAAAUGUACAUAAAAUUAGUUGCAGAAUAAACUCGUAGUUCUAUAUCUUAAAUCUAUCAAAAAAUUUUGUAGGUUCCGAUUCUGUGUCUGAAUCCAUCCAGUUCGUUAUUGAAAAUUUAUGAACUCAGCUUUCCUGCUUAGCUAGUCAAAAAUGUCCUAUCUUUUUAGCUAAAUGAGUGAUAGAAUCUUUAAUUUUGAGAGAUAAUCGACGCGAAGCAGGAUGGAUAUCAAUUGUGAUUUGGACUGUAAAAGUGGAACUCCAUUGGGAGUACUGAAGGUCACUUGCAAAACUACUGAAAGUAUAUUUGAACAUUUGGGUCAAAAUUACAAAAGAAUGAAAUUUUUGCGAACAGUUUUUUUAUAGUCUUCACGGAGGGUUAACAGCUCUGGAUAUGGCAUCUGUUAAAUUAAAAUGUCUCAUAUUUUGUAAAUAACUUUCUAUUUAUAGUGCUAUAUUAGAAAUGUACAUCACUUUAUAUAUGUAUAGGAAUUACAUGUAGUAUAGUAUGAUGGUCGUUAUGAUAAUUAUACCUAGUAGUGUUUAUAGAAUGAUAUUGAAUGAAGCUUUAUCGUAAAGUUAAAAUUGAAAAAUUGAAAAUAAGUAGCUACCAUUUAUAUUGGUAACCUCUUAUUCUGUCCAAAACUAUUGUUGUUGAACUUUUCAUAUGUUAUCUUUGGUGCAGGUGUGGAAGAUUAUCAAACUACAUCUCGCCCUACUUUACAUCAUGAAAAACCAGUCCAAACUGCAAACUGUGAUACAUGUAUAUUGCACACAUUAGUCUAGUUAUUAAAGGUCUACGCUGUUCGUUAAAAGAAUUUAACUUGUAUUUGAAUUAGAAAAACUACAAUUCCCUGAAUAUGAAUUGAAUAUAAUUUUCAACAUUGCCGUUGUGUAGACAUAUGUACUAAUUCUACAAAUACAAAGUUCCAGCAAAUUAUUUUGCAUGAUAACUCCACUAUGACAUUGUGUUUAACUGCAUUUCUAUUUUCCUGGACCACCAGUUACUAUCAACGGCAUAUCCCUUUAAUUCUUGAAUAUAGUUAUUGUGACAUAAAUGAUAGAACUCUUUUAGGUAUGAAAAAUACUAUUUAACCUUUGUUACUGCGUUAUCUCUCAAACAAUGUCCUUCUAUUGAAUAAA